AUGACGGAAACUGAGACAACGGAGAUGACGCCGAAACUAGGUGGGAAGAAAGCCAAGAAGAAGAGGCCGAAAAGGACGAAUAAACGGCAGAGGAAGGAGAUGAGAGAGAAGACAGGGAAGGAGAAGACAGAGAAGGAGAAGACAGAGAAGGAGAAGACAGAGGAGGAGGGGAGAGAGAAGGAGAGGAGAGAGAAGAAGGCAGAGGAGAGAGAGAAGACUGAGGAGAAGACAGAGGAGAAGACUGAGGAGAAGACAGAGGAGAAGACUGAGGAGAAGAAGGCUGAGACGAAGAGAGAGAGGGGUAAAGAGGAUGUGGACAAAGUGGAGACGAAGAGACGAGGUGAUGGGGCGUCACGUGCGAGACGAAUGCGGGACGAGUCGUGCGCAGGUUCCGAUUGGCAAUCUGUGAAGCGCAGAAAACCGAUAUGUGUGGAGAGGCGCGAGCAUGACGAGGAGGCAGCAAAGUUCGGCUCUGGGGGACCUUGA